AUGAAAGACGAACACACAAUUUCGUCGACACACGAUGAGAAAGUCGAGCGUGUUAGCGAAAGUCCGCCCCGUGCUGAACACGUCCACGAUGCAAAAGAGCGCGACAGCAUCUACGACAUCGAAGGCCGAUCCAGGACCCAGGUCACCGCUGUCUUUGAAAACCCUCUAGCCGGAAUUCCACGGGAGCAGUUGUUUGAAGAUGUCGAUAGAUUCUGUGAUCAGUAUGGGCUUCAGGAGUAUCGAGAGGUCUUCCGUAAAGGGGCUCUGGUUUCGCAGAAUCCGCACGCAGCCCAGGACCUUCCCGAGCUGAACGAGGAAGAAAAGAAAUUCCUAGAGCGUGAAGUCACCCACAAAUGGUCUCAACCGUGGCAGCUUUAUUUUAUGGCCUCCAUGUGUUCGCUCGCUGCCGCGGUGCAGGGAAUGGAUGAAACGGUCAAUAACGGCGCACAGGCUAUCUAUCUCACUGAACUUGGCAUCAAAAGCGACCGUUUCUCCGAGCAGAUGCAAAACUACCUCACCGGACUGGUAGUAGGUGCACCGUAUCUGGCUUGUGCUAUCCUAGGGUGCUGGCUCACGGAGCCGAUGAACCGCUAUCUCGCCCGGCGCGGAACGAUCUUCGUCUCGUGUUUCAUAGCGGCAGUAGCCUCGAUCUGGGAAGGCGUGGCCAAUUCAUGGGUCAACCUCUUCAUCGCUCGCUUCGUUCUGGGCCUGGGGAUCGGCUCCAAGUCGUCAACCGUGCCAGUCUACGCGGCAGAGUGUUCCCCGGCACCCAUCCGUGGCGCCCUGGUCAUGAUGUGGCAGAUGUGGACGGCAUUCGGCAUUAUGCUCGGAAAUAUCAUGGGCGUGGCUUUCAUGGGCCUGCCGAACGAUCUCUCCUGGCGACUGAUGCUCGGGUCGACCGUCGUACUGCCCAUCUUUGUCUGCGCUCAAGUCUACCUCUGCCCCGAGUCGCCUCGAUGGCUAAUCGAGCAUAACAAGAUCCACAAGGCGUUUGACGCGUUCCGGACCCUCCGACCGUCGGAGCUCCAGGCCGCCCGCGAUCUAUACUACGCCUACGUGGGUGUCGAGCUGGAGCGCAAGGUCAACAAGGGGAAGAACUUCUUCACCAUGUUCUUGGAGCUCUUCACAGUGCCUCGAAACCGACGAGCAACUCUCGCCAGCUGGAUCGUCAUGUUCCUGCAGCAGUUCUGCGGCGUCAACGUAAUCGCCUACUACUCAACCACCAUCUUCACCGACUCAGGCUACACCAUCCAGCAAGCCCUCCUCGCAUCCAUGGGCACCGGGAUCCUAAACUGGGUCUUCGCGCUCCCCGCCUUCUUCACAAUCGACACAUGGGGCCGCCGUAACCUCCUCCUAUUCACAUUCCCGUUCCUCGCGAUCUGCCUCUUCUGGGCCGGCUUCUCCUUCUGGAUCGAAGAAGACAUCGCGCACAGCAAGAAGCGAGUCGCGAUGGUCACGACAGGCAUGUACCUAUUCGAGGUCUUCUACUCGCCAGGCGAAGGACCCGUCCCGUUCACCUACUCCGCAGAGGCGUUCCCCCUACACGUCCGAGAAGUCGGCAUGUCAUGGGCGACGGCCACGACGUGGUGUUUCAACUUCAUCCUCUCGUUUUCAUGGGAACCACUGAAAGCCGCGUUUAAGCCACAGGGAGCGUUUGCGUGGUAUGCGGCAUGGUGUCUCAUCGGAUGGGUGUUGGUGUUGUUGUUUGUGCCCGAGACGAAGUCGCUUACUUUGGAAGAGCUCGAUCAGGUGUUCUCGGUCCCCACACGCAAGCACGCCAUGUAUCAGCUCAAGAACGCCGUCUGGCAUUUCCGGGUGUGGGUUCUGCGGCAGAAACUGGAGCCGAUGCCCAAGUUGUAUAAGACGGCGGGACAUUUGACGGGGGCGGUGGAGGAGUAA